GAAGUUGCUUUCAAUGUAGAGCCAUCGUGUGAAGACCUAUUUAGAAAACAUCACGGAGAUGAUGACAAAGUUGAAAAGCCAUCUGAAGAACUACACAGUGAACAUUAUCAACAUAUGCCAGAUAAAGCAGAGGGUGUCUGUGAAGAAUUUGUAACACAGGUUACAGCCAACGAUCUUGAAGUAACUGAUGAUUGGUUUGAUGCAGAAGAAACAUUCACUUCCUCUGGUGGCCUUGACUGCAUGGAAGGGAAGAUAAAUAGUCACUUUGAAGCUGUGACAGCAACAGAUGACCAAAGAAGCAAUGAAUAUGUUCAUGAUGAUAGAUCUGUGGAAAGGGAGACAGCUCAAACAAGUUACAUUUAUGUGGAUGGAUUGCCUAGAAUAAUAACAGAGGUAGAAUUAAGAAUGCUUUUUCAGAAGUAUCAGGUGUCAGGAAUUUGGCUUUGCAAUUUGCACAGUGAUUACAGGUGUGGAGUACUAAGAGUUGCCUCUCCCAACUUUGCCAAGAUAGCAGUGGAUGAAAUGAAUGGAAGAGAAUAUCAUGGAAAGUCCAUUAAAGUCCACAUGGCAAAAAUCUCAGGAGAUCGCAUGUUAUUUGUGCUUAAAAAUCAUACACAACUACCAUUGAAGGGGCAGCAUUUGAUACAGGAUCAUGUUACCAAGGACACCAAAUUCAAAGUGGACAGUCAAGAGGAGUUUUAUUCUGCAUCUACAAAGAUUCUUAAUGCAGGUUCUCAAAAGAUGAGCGGAAGGAAAUAUAAACAGAUGCAGUGUUUGCAGAACACCACAACAGCAACAGGAACAUUUAUCCCCCCAAAUUCUGCCAAUUUAAGUAGUUUCAACAAACUAAUGAAGACUCUCUUGGAAUUGUACCCUGAAGCAAACAGGAAUGAAAUCAUUCAAGCAUUGAAGGAAGUAAAGGCAAAUAAUAAAGGUUUGCUGAGUGGCUUGGCUCUAACCACAAUUGUUGAACUGGCAUCUGCUAUCUUGAAAAAAAAGUCAUCUCCAAAUAGCAAAGAAUAAAUGCAUUUGUGAAGAAAGAUAAAUCACACUAAGAAAUAAUUCCAGGCUUCCAUUAAACGUGUGAUAAUCGUUGCCUUGCCUUUCAUUUUUCAUCAAAUUAGUUUUAAUCUUGGAUGGAAUUACCAGAAUUGAAGAGGAUUCUACAUUUAUGACACAAGGCUCUUUAAUGUUGAUCUGCUAAUUGUGUUAAUUAUAGAACGUUACUCUUUUUGAAUUAUUUUCAUUUUGUGAGAAAGUUAAAUAAAUUGAUG